AACUGAGCCUUUGAUCAAAAAGCGGUAAAGGCGCUGAUCGGAGGUGGAGUGGGACGCAACCAUGAUCGGCGGUGAGCGCUUGAGGAAGCGUUUUUUCACGACCAGAUGGCAGCUUCGACGAGGGGUUCCUCCCUCACUGAAAGUCUACAGUUGGGGUGGUGCCGCUGAAGAGCUGGGUCCUUUCCCGGAGGUUUAACAGAAGCUGGGCACUGCAUUGACAUCCACAGCAACCAAACAGCCAGCGGCGUUUGCUUGUUGGGCACUUUUGUUUCAGUGGCUCUUAUUGGUAUUAUAAUAGAAUUUCUCGUGUGUGUGUGUGUGUGUUUUUUUUAGGUUCUGGCCAUGACGCCUUUUGUGGAAAUCGCUCAAAGUAGGUAUAAAAGCCGCGUCGGCCUACUCUUGGCAGUCUCCAGGGUUCCCUCCUGCGGAAGGAAAGGACGCACGGGGUUCUAUGCCUCGCAUUGUAACGUGUUUGGUGCUGAAGGACGAAGAGGAGCAGGAGGAGCAGGAGGAGGAGCAGGAUAUGGGAGAACAACACCUUGCGCUGUGUCCUCCAGCUGCCGUGUACAUUCCGCACAUGCCCCUGUCUCGAGUGAUGGAUGGCUCAUGAAGACGAGGAUAUAGGAUUUGUUGGAAGGGCCUGGAAGAAAACAACAAGUGUAUUUGGAAGGAAAUGAAGAGUGCUCGGAAAACCCGUGGUUUCUUCGUGGAACAAGUUCUGGAUCAAAAGUGGCCGUUUCUCUGGAAUAAUACUGUCUGAAAAGAACAGCUGUGAUGAGAUUCUGGCUGGAAACUCAUAUUUUGUGAGCAAGGUCUUGCGAACUCUGACCUCGUGUAUUCCCACGAAAUGAAGCUACACGUGCAUGUGCUGGAGGCUCGGGAUCUUGCAGCUCGAGAUCCAAAUGGUCUCAGUGAUCCCUUCGUACGCUUGCAACUAGACAACACAAAGACCAAAUCGGCUGUAAUCCUAAAGAAUCUGAACCCUGCGUGGCACGAAGAGUUCUUUUUUAACGUGGUUGGUUGUGAUGAGGAGCUGCUUGUAACGGUUUGGGACGAAGAUCGAUUUUGCAAUGAUUUUUUGGGUCAAUUGAAAAUUCCUAUUAGUGACAUUUUGACUGCCGAGAAGCAGACCAUCACCAGACGGUGGUAUCCUCUUCAAAAGCGCAGUGAAAAAUCCCAACUUCCAAUUACUGGCGAUAUAUUACUUAGUCUCUCUUUGUUCGGAAAGGAUGUAGCAACCGGCCCAAGACUUCAAAGGUGGAUUCCUGAAGAGAGGCUGUCAGUAUCUGAAAAUGGUGCAUACGAGUCUUCUCCAACAAGUUCCAUGGAUACGAGUGAUAACUGGAUGGACACAUCCGGUUUUAUGGAUGUUCCCGCUCCUGUAAACUUAAGGGCAACUUGGCCUGGAACUACUCAAUGGAAUCAGGAUGAGGGCCUUUCGAAAGAGCAGAAUAAGGCUCCCAAGACUUUAGCAGACCGGUUCACUGCUGUUUUCAAUAAGAAGGGGAGGUCGGGGAUGGACGUAACUUCCAAACAUGGCGGGGAAGGGUCAACGUCUACACCGAAGUUCAGCGACAGCGGAUCUGUUCAUAGUCCGGAUAGAUUUCCAGAAGCGGCUGAAGCAAGUAGUGACGAUGAGAUUCACACAUUGGUCACUUCAUUCUUCGAUGACGACGACAAGAGUGUGGAGGCAUCUGUCGACGAUUUCCCUUCCCCUUUGGCCGGUGGAGUGGUGCUAGAUCAACGAUAUGCCAUCAGUGCUAAAGCUUUGAGUUCGUUGAUUUGCAAGCCCAGUUCUUCAUUUUUUCAAGAGUUGUUGACUGUACAGAAGACAACCGAGUACUCGGAGGAGCCCUGGAAGAGCGUAAAAAAUGACAGCAUCGAAAGAGUCGUUUCUUAUAUGAAAGCUGCAACAAAAAUAAUAAAAUCUGUGAAAGCCACUGAAACACAUACAUGCAGGAGGCUGGAUGACAGAGGUUUCGUUCUUGACAUAAGCUGUGCUACUCCAGAUGUACCAUGCGGAACCAGUUUUUUGGUCGAGCUCCAGUUUUGCGUAAUGGCGGAACGCGAUCUACCCGUUAAAGAGAAAACUUGUAGAUUGCUAAUAUCCUGGAGAAUCAAAUUUUUGCAUUCAACAAUGAUAAAGGGAAUGAUUGAGAGUGGUGCUCGCGCUGGCAUCAAGGAAACCUACGAAAUAUUCAAAGAGAUCUUAUCGAAGUACGCCAAACCUAUUUCUGAAGAUUCAUGGGGAGGCAAUUUAGUGCCUGCAACUCAGCAGGAAGAUACUCCGCUGAGCGAUUGGGAGUUAGUAAGAUGUUACUUUGGAAGGUUACAUGUGCUACUGGCCUUCUUGUCGUUGAUCAUUGUGCUUUUGCACAUUGGCUUUGCAACCCCUAAAGUUAAGGUGUCACUUUUACGGUGCGGCUUCGACCUUCCCGAUUCGAUAUCGGAAUUUCUCUGUUCAGCCAUUGUAGUUUUGCAAGUUGAGAGGGUUGUUAAAAUGGUGCAUCAGUUUCUUCAAGCACGAUUUUGGCAGUCUGGCGACCAUGGGGUGAAGGCUCAAGGCGAUGGUUGGCUUAUGACUGUUACAUUGAUUGAAGGAGAGAAUUUGAGCCCUACUAAAGAAUCUAGUUUUGCCAAUCCGUAUGUUGUUUUCACUUGCAGUGGCAAGAGACGGACUAGUUCUGUGAAACUAAGAACCCUCAACCCAUGUUGGCGUGAAAUCUUUGAGUUUGAUGCCACAGAGGAUCCUCCCUCAACCAUGGAUGUUGAAGUCUUUAACUACGAUGGUCCAUUUUCUGAUGCUGAAUCACUUGGCCAAGCGGAGAUAAACUUCUUGAAACAAAGUCCGGAUGAUCUUUCUGAUUUUUGGGUCUCUUUAUCUGGAAAAUGUGCUCGAACACAUGGUUCAAGGUUGCAUCUUCGAGUUUUCUUGACAAAUACCAAACAGUCUGAUGCUCUACCCGAAUACCUUGAGCGGGUUCAGAAGGAAGGGAUUAAGGUGGUCAAGCGCUCUGCUCAGAAGAAUGGGUCAUUUCAAAAACUAUUCUCGCUUCCAGCUGAAGAGUUCCUUAUCAAUGACUUUGCAUGUGCCGUCAAGAAAAAAAUCCUCAUCCAGGGUCGAGUAUUUCUGUCACCGAGGAUGUUGGGCUUUUACUCGAAUCUUUUUGGCAUUAAAACCAAGUUUCAGUUUAUAUGGGAAGACAUCGAUGAUAUCGUGGAGACAUCUGUAGCUAUCAACCCCUGUAUAGUUAUUUAUUUGCGUAAGGGGCGAGGUCUUGAUGCCCGAAAUGGUACGAGAGGCAUCGAUGCUCGCGGUCGUGCGAAAUAUCACUUUUGUUCAUUUGUCAAGCCUAUUACCGCUUUCAGAACAAUCACGGCUUUAUGGAAGAACAGAAAGCUAAGUCCAGAGCAGCAACUGGAACUCUGUGCUAACGUUGAAGCUAACUAUCAGUCAUGCACAGACUCCUUCGCGGGGAUGGAGGAGGCGAACAUGGCUCAAGUUUGUGCCUUUGAAAUUCCUCUAAUGUCGGAUUGUGCAAUGUCGCUCUUUGAACAAGGGGGAUUGGAGGAGGCCAUGGCAGAGAAAAUGGGUUAUCUAAACUACGUCAGCACUCCGUGGGAGCGUUUAGAGGGUCAAAAUGGUGUUCAACGCAGACAUACGAGCUACCAUUUGAACAGACAGAUAAGUCAGUUCGGAAGCAAAGUCUCCUGCAUUCAGCAAAGGACAAUGUCUGACAGCAUGAAGUCAUGUGUACUUGACGAAGUUAUCACACUUCAUGAUGUCCCCUUCGGUGACCACUUUCAGGUUCAAGUGAGGCGAGAGAUUGAAACGACCUCCACAAACCCACCGCAGAGCUUCGUGAAAGCAUCAGUGGGCGUGUCGUGGCACAAGAACACAGAGUUCAAGAAGAAGAUCACCAAAAACGUACACGACCACAUGGCAAAGGAGAUACGAGAGGUCAUGAACGUGUGUGUGAAAGAGGUCAAGGCUCGUAUCAAAGACAAGAGAAUCUCCUUUAAUGGAUCAAACCAUGGUUGUUGAGGUGGUUGCUGGCUGUACCCAGUUCGAAACAGGCGACACAACUGCAGUGAUGAGCUGCUGCUGGUGCUGCUGCUGCUGCUGCUUGUCGGUGCAGAUCUCGUCAUUGUAAACCGUGCCACUUCGGUAGAAGCUAAAUGGACUUAUCCAUUGCUCAACAAAUGGGUUGUGUCAAACUAUUGCCUACUUUUCAGGCUUCGAAGCUAGUGAUCAGCACCUUUAAGAGCUCAUGUAUGGUUCGGUGGAGACACACUAUGUUCCGGCACAAUUGUGAGCUAGUUUUGUGCCGAACCUCGUAGAGCUCACCAUCAUCACAGAUGGAGCCCUCUUCCCACACAGCAGCCAAAACAGGCUUGGUAUGUGGCCGAUUGCUAUCAGUCUAUAGCACUGCCUUCCGGAGGUGAAGCCUUUGUGGCGCACUUCAAUGAAAAAAACUGUUUAACACUUUGUUUAUAUGGAUAUAUAUAUAUAUAUAUAUAUAUAGAUAAAUGCUUCAAAUGGAGUUCA